AGAAACUGGACCAACUCAUUCUGCGCAGGCGCACUUGAAGAAAAUAAGGAAGUUGGCGGAGAUUCCUCUCAAUGAAAACAACAUAAUAUUGUAGAUGUGGCACCGUAAAGUUGCAGAAAACAACAUUAACGGUGUUUACUCUACCUCAAGUGAAGCUCCCAUGUCAUAAUGAAAGCAACCAGAGGCAAUAUGUUGGGUGCUGGAAUGUCCAACAACAAGGUCAAGUAUUCACGGCUUGCUGCUGAUGAAGACGGUUACAUAGACUUACAGUUCAAGAAGAGCCCGCCAAAGGUCCCGUACAAGGCGAUUGCACUGGCAAUAUUCCUGUUUUUGGUUGGCUCCUUACUGAUAAUCUUCGGGGCCCUUCUUCUGGCAGGAACCAUAAAGGUUGAGCAUCGAGAUCGCACCAUUCCUGUCAUCAUCAUAGGCGUCCUUGUUUUCCUCCCUGGGUUUUACCAUUUGAGAAUUGCCUACUUCGCCGCCAAGGGUUACCGAGGUUACUCCUAUGACGACAUCCCAGAUUUUGGUGACUGAGCCAAAUGGCAGCUGCUGAUUGGUGGAGCAUCCCCUCCUUUUGUCACACUCUCUAUGCUGAGACUUCUACCUGCUGUUUACUUUUAGUUACUGAAUGUAUGUAGCAUAAAAGUCAAAUAUUUAAUACUUUGCUGCCAUGGAGACCUGUGUUUGCCCACAGGUGACCUGUGCAGGAUUUCAGCUGAUUUGUUGAUUUUUAUUAUUCUGUCUUGUUUAUUGUCUGCUCUGUGCUUGAAAGCCUGGUAAGCCUCACAGGCUUUAUUCAACUUUAUUGACAGUGAACCAAGCACUGUCUGAGUAUACAGGUAGGAUGUCUGACUAGCUGCUUUCCUGCUACAAAAAUGCGACAUUUUGCUGUAAUACAAAACACACACCACUCAUCCGAGAAAUUAUAACACCUCGGAUGAGUGGUGAAAAUCAUUUUUGGAAACUACACAGAUGCCUUUAACUCACUACUGCUACACGUACUAUUACAUGUACUAUAACAUCCAUGACCUGUAUGACUGAGAAUCCUUGUGCUGGUUGCACAGUCGCACAGCUGUUACAUGGUGUAUCUUAAACUCUGUUAUAUGAUGAAAAUCUUGGGAGGCUAUAUUUCUCCUGAAGGGUUAUAUUCACAGUAUCUUCCAAAGAUUGAUUACUUUGUCAAAGUACAGUAUAUUUUUCAAUGAAAUGUAUUAUUUUCUGUAUGAAGUAUUAAUGAAUGUGCGUAUACAUUUGAUUUUGAAUAUUAAAUUAAAGAAAUGAAUUAUUGAAUAUUAAAGAAAUGUAUUUUUACAUAGA